AUGGACCCGCCAGAGAGGGUCACUUUGUCCGCUAGCUUUGAGGAGGUUGACGUAGACGUGCUUGUGCAACUCAUCGCCGACAUGAUGGAACGUCUCAUGGCACAUAACGACAGGAUACCGUUGUCCCCUGAAGGACUCACUCGUUUUCACUCCCGCACCGCGCCCGGCAUCUCCAUCCUAGACUAUCUGCGUCGUAUAGUACGAUUUACUAAAGUAGAGAGAUCUUGCCUGUUAAUCACGCUGCAUUAUAUCGAUCAAAUCUGCGCACGUUUCCCAUCCUUCACCCUAUCAUCCCUGACCUGCCAUCGAUUCGUUAUCACUGCUGUUGUUGUCUCCACCAAGGCGCUCUGCGACGCCUUCUGCACGAAUAACGUGUACGCCCGCGUCGGCGGCAUCCCCGUCGGCGAGCUUAACAUGCUCGAACGGGAGUUCCUCCGCAUGAUAGACUGGUCACUCACGUGCACGUGUGAGGUCCUGCAAGAAUAUUACGCGAGCCUUGUCCGCACACACAGCGGGGGCACGUACAUCAUUGUCGGCACAGAGUCUGAGAGCAGCAUCUCCUCUGACAGCGAGAUGGAUUAUGAGGUCGCGCCUUCGCGCCCGGCAACGCCCCCUGCAGCCGGCCCAAACCGUCCGCAGGCGUCCACGAUCCUUGUCGAUGCGGCCAGCGUCCCCCAGGAGCCUCCACGCCCGCCAACGGUCGAGCAAAACAUGGCGUACGCUGCAUUCCAGGAGGCCCACUCGCGGCGUGCGCGGGAUGGCGACGGCUAG